UUUUUAUUUUGUAUAUCUUAUAUGUCUUGGAGUAUGAUAAUGAUUUUUCUGUCCAAUCGUUUCUUAUGCUUGACUUUUCUUUUUGUUGGUGGAAAUUUUACAGGGUAAGGUGGAGUAUUUGGUCAAAUGGUGAGUGACCCUUUUGUUUUUGUUUUUGUUCUUGUUGUAGGGCUAGAUUGUGAUAAAACUGAAGGGGAAAGGGCCAAUGUGAUAUAUUUAACAAUAUUUUAUUUCUUUGUUUAUUUAUUGCUCAAGGUUCGGAUGGGAUGAGACAGAUAACACUUGGGAGCCUCGAGAAAAUUUAGUUUGUGCUGCUGAUCUUGUUGAAGAUUUUGAGAAGAGGUAAUCCCUUAUUCUUCUUUACAAUAUUUACAUUUUUCAUUAGAUACGGUAAUUAUGAGUGAUGACGAAUGAUAUAUUUCAAUUAUGUAUUUGUGUUGUGUUUGCUAUGAAUAUGAAUGUGUUGUCUAUUAAGCAUAGGUCGACGAUCGCGGUUGUCAAAAACUGGAUGGACUUGAUGACAGGACUUUAUAAUUAUAAAUUAUAAUAACAUGUUUUCUUAUAUCAGAACAGCAUCGGAUGCUCAAACGCAAGCAUGAUGAUAGGUCUGUCAAUGCUUCAGUAGAGGAUAUUGUGAAAGCUUCCGAGAAGAGGUAAUCCCUUAUUUUUCUGUACAAGGUUUAUAUUUUUCUUUAGAUUCUAUAAAUAUGAGUGAGGUCGAUUGACAUAUUUCAAUUUAUGUAUUUGUUUUGUGUUUGCUAUGAAUAUGAAUGAGUAAUAGUGGAACAGUAAAUAUCAACGCCUUUCUCCGGUAUUUCUUCGCUCAUUUGCGGAGAAAGGAAAAAGGUAGUAGGGUCCAUGGUUUCUAGUCUCGUAAUUCUUUGCUGAAAAAAACAGGAGAAUUUUGCUCUUUCUUGUGUUGUUAAUCUCAGAUAGCGGCGCAUAGCGUCGACCCAAAAAAAUGCUAUAGCGGUAUAGUGGGAAGCGGAAUGACCGCUACUGUGAAGACCAAAAAAACAAGUAGGAAUUAAACAUAAAUUCCAACAACAUACGUAAAUACUAAAAAAUAAAAAAAUACACAAUAUUAAAGGGACUUUCAUACUUAAUAAUUAUAUUAAAUAUUGUCAUUUACCAUUAAAAUAGGUUAUAAAUAAAGACUAAAUAACAUUUCAUCAAGUUCUAGAAGUACUCAAAAUGACAUCCCAUUAAAAUAAAGCAUAAGCAAGUUCUAAAAGUAAGCAACAUGACAAGCCAUUAAUCUAAAAUCAUGCUUCCACAACUGCAUCUCCCUCAUCGUCACUUCUAAGUUCCACCACAUUAACAUUAUCCUUGCUCAUCACUUGAUUCAAAUUCUUCUUCAUCCAGAGCGUUGAACAAAGUAGUCGAUUUGGAGAAAGGAGAGCGUUGAAGGAAAAGAGGAGAAGAGCGUUGAAGUAUUUGAGAAGCGUUGAAACGGCGCAUGAUCAGUUCAUUUUGAUGCACACUCUUCUACUAUUGUACUUGGGAAAUCCUAUAGUUUAUUCUAUUAUUUUUACUAUUUUAGUGUGUUUUUAUAUUUAAGAUUGUUUCUAGCUUUAUUUUAUUUUCGUACUCUAUUUUUCAUCUUAACUUUUAAUUGACACCUUCUUCGGAGCGCAAACGAGUCGUUUAUUUAUGUUUUACUUCCAAACUUAGUAAUAAUAAUUAAAAUUCAGUUUAAACAUAUAAUUUUCGGCCCGAUGCUUUAUAGCCCAAUUCCUCUAUAACAUUAAAAGGAAAAAACGCAGCCUAGGGUUCAUUCAUUUAGUAUCCACGAAAUUCACAGAGAAAAUACGGCUGCUGCUCAUGGAGAACUAAAACUCUAGAUCAAUUCAUUGGCGAAGGGUACUUUAUACAGAUUCUUGAGGUUCUAUGUUAAUGUCAAAUUCGUUUUAUGUUUUAUCAAUUUCAUAUUAUUCUUGUGUGAAUUGAUUUGUCUUAUGAUGCUUAAUCAUAUGUAGUUUCGUUUUGUGCAAUUCAUUGAUAUUUUGUUCAACCGAUUUAUUGCUUGUUUAGGUUGGUUGAAUAGAAAUUGAUAAAGUCUAUGAUGCUUAAUUAUAGGUUUGAUCAAAUUUGGAUUUAGAUUAAUUAUGUUAUAGACGCAUGUUCUGCCAUGGUUAAUUGAACUAAUUGAUGCUUAAUCAAUAGGAAUUCGAAUAGAAAUUACUCGACGCUUGUUCGGUUAGUUUCUAUCAAACAAGAAUAAAUUCAUAGAACGAAUGAUCUUUUGAAACCUGUGAUAGAAAUCCAAAAGUACCGAAGCUAAUAGAUUGGUUAUCUUUAUCAUAUUGAUUGUUUCUCUUUAAUUGAAUAUCGUUUCCAACCAAAAACCCCAAUUCAAUUGUUAUUUAUCGUUUCCUAACUUUAUGAUUUAUUUCCAAAAUUAGGGUUCUCAUCAAUUUUUCCCCACAAAAGGAAAAAGCGGCUAAAUACCACUACAAAACUAGCGCCGCUAUUAACAUCAUAGGCUCUUUCUUCGCUUUCUCUCUCGUCGUAUCUUCUAUCGUCACGAUGUUCCAAAAGAUAACCGCGGUAGCUCCGAAACAUGUUCCGGCCUUAAAUUUUCCAUCUCUCGAUGAUGGCUUUUAUGAAGCCGAAUCUAUUCUUCAAAAGAGGGUCCGCAAGGUCAUGUUGCUCCUUCUCUUCUUUUUUCAUUCCAGGGUUUUUAUUUUUAUUUUAUAUCUUUUUUAUAUCUUAUACGUCUUGGAGUAUGAUAAUGAUUUUUCUGUCCAAUUGUUUUCUUAUGCCUGACUUUUCUUUUUGUUGAUGGCAAUUUUACAGGGUAAGGUGGAGUAUUUGGUCAAAUGGUGAGUGCCCCUUUUGUUUUUGUUUUUGUUUUUGUUUUUGUUUUUGUUUUUGUUUUUGUUUUUGUUUUUGUUUUUGUUUUUGUUUUUGUUUUUGUUUUUGUUUUUGUUUUUGUUUUUGUUUUUGUUUUUGUUUUUGUUUUUGUUUUUGUUUUUGUUUUUGUUUUUGUUUUUGUUUUUGUUUUUGUUUUUGUUUUUGUUUUUGUUUUUGUUUUUGUUUUUGUUUUUGUUUUUGUUUUUGUUUUUGUUUUUGUUUUUGUUUUUGUUUUUGUUUUUGUUUUUGUUUUUGUUUUUGUUUUUGUUUUUGUUUUUGUUUUUGUUUUUGUUUUUGUUUUUGUUUUUGUUUUUGUUUUUGUUUUUGUUUUUGUUUUUGUUUUUGUUUUUGUUUUUGUUUUUGUUUUUGUUUUUGUUUUUGUUUUUGUUUUUGUUUUUGUUUUUGUUUUUGUUUUUGUUUUUGUUUUUGUUUUUGUUUUUGUUAUAGAGCUAAAUUGUGAUAAAACUGAAGGGGAAAUGGUCAACGUGAUAUAUUUAAUAAUAUUUUAUUUCUUUUCUAUUUAUUUAUCGCUCAAGGUUCGGAUGGGAUGAGACAGAUAGCACUUGGGAGCCUCGAGAAAAUUUAAUUUGUGCUGCUGAUCUUGUUGAAGAUUUUGAGAAGAGGUAAUCCCUUAUUCUUUUGUACAAUAUUUACAUUUUGCUUUAGAUACGGUAAUUAGAAGUGAUGCCGAAUGAUAUAUUUCAAUAAUGUAUUUGUGUUGUGUUUGCUAUGAAUAUGAAUGUGUUGUUUAUAACAUGUUCUCUUACAUCAGAAAAGGAUCGGAAAAGCAUCAGAUGCUCAAACGCAAGCAUGAUGAUAGGUCUGUCAAUGCUUCGAAAGAGAAUAUUGUGAAAGCUCCCGAGAAGAGGUAAUCCCUUAUUUUUCUAUACAAUGUUUAUAUUUUGCUUUAGAUUAUGUAGUUAUGAGUGAGGUCGAAUCACAUAUUUCAAUUUAUGUAUUUGUUUUGUGUUUGCUAUGAAUAUGUUAGAUAGUCGGUUUCUCUGUCAAUUGGAACUUGGAAGUUAAUGUCAAUGGGCAGUUAUUUUGGACAGUUAGUUAUUAUUAACUAGCAGUUAUUGUGAGCAGUUAUUUUCUAGUGUGUGUAUUUUCGAUUGUAAGAAGAAUAAAUAGGAAAGGGGUCAGACAAAAUAGGAUUAUCAGAAAGUUAUUAAGUGGUUUGUUAGGGGAGAGACCCAACUCUCGAACAUUUGGGAAGGGGAGAGGCCAAGCUCUUGAAUCUUGGUGUAGUUAUCCAAUACUAUUUCCUAUAAUUAUUGUAAUGUGUCUAUGUGUAAUAUUCAAAUCAUUCUCCAGAAUUAUUAUCGAUAAAGUAUUUGUAUUGUCAAUCUGUUUCUCUUUAGUGCCGGUUUCUUUGAACUGGUAUCAGAGCAGUUGCCUUCCGGGACUGCAUCAUGGUGUCUGCACGAGAAAUGGAGGCCAGAUUGGAAACUCUGGAACGUGGAUUUGAAGGUUUGUUAACAAUGAGAGAAAAUGUCGAGAAAAUUCUGGAAGAAGACCGUAGAGAAAGGCUGGAAGCGUGCCAACAAGUUGCAGAAUUGACGGCUUUAAUGUGUCGCAAUUUACAUAUGCAGGGGGAGACACACGGUGAUGGCGACCAGACUGACAGCGACGACACGUCGGUGCAUCACGACCAUAACAGGCCGAGCGAAGAACGUUGGAGGAAGUUAAAAAUUCCGGUGUUUGAAGGUACUGAUGCCUACGAGUGGUUAAACAAAGUGGAUCGCUAUUUUGAACUGAAAAAGUUUAACGAUAGGGAAAAAUUGCAAGCAGUGAUGGUAGCGAUGGAAGGAAAGGCUCUUGCUUGGUACCAAUGGUGGGAGUUUUCUGCCCAAAACCCAAGUUGGGAGGAAUUUAGAACUGCUGUCCUUAAAAGGUUCCAACCUUCAAUGAUUCAAAGUCCUUUUGAAUUAUUGUUAAGUCUUACACAAACGGGAAGAAUAGAAGAAUAUCGGGAGCAGUUUGAAUUGUAUGCGGGACCCCUAAAAUGUACUGAACCAGCGUAUUUGAAAGGAAUUUUCCUAAAUGGACCCAAAGAUGUGAUAAGGGCUGAACUCAAACUCCACCCUGUAGAAAAAUUAACUGAAUUGAUGGAUUAUGCUCAACGGGUGGAUGAGAAAAAUAUGUUAUUAACCAAAGGGAGUAUUGAAACAGGUUCAAUUGGAAGAUCAACGAGAACUUUCAAUAAUUCCAAAACUAUAACUUUGGAGCCAGAGAAGAAAGUACAAACAACCCAAUUUGUGGUUGGAAGUUGUGUGGGAGAGGGGAAUAGUUCAAAAUCUUCUGAGGCGGUUAAGGGACAAAUAUUCAAGAAAUUAACUGAUGCAGAGUUGCAAGAUCGAAGGGUUAAAGGACUAUGUUUCCGGUGUGACGAAAAAUUUGGUCCAGGUCAUAGAUGUCCCAGCAAACAGUUACAAGUCCUGAUAAUGGCUGAACACGAAUAUAAAGAGAGAAGGCCGAAAAUGAGGUGGUUGAAUUCAUGUUUUGGGAUCCUGGUGGACACUUACGUAAUUCCUCACCUUGAGGACAAGGUGAUUCUUCUAGGGCGGGAAUAUUGUUAGAUAGUCAGUUUCUGUGUCAAUUGGAAGUUAAUGUUAAUUGGCAGUUAUUUUGGACGGUUAGUAGUUAUUAAUUAGCAUUUAUUGUGAGCAGUUAUUUUCUAGUGUGUGUAUUAGAGGUCAGACAAAAUAGGAUUAUCAGAAAGUUAUUAAGUGCUUUGUUAGCGGAGAGA